AUGGGAGAGCUUUACGUGUGCUCCGUUCUGGUGACUGGGGCCAACCGGGGAAUCGGCCUGGGGAUUGUCCGGCAGUUCCUGGGGCUGCCAAACCCACCCAAGUGGGUCUUCGCGGCUUGUCGGGACCCCAAGGGACAGCGAGCGCAGGAGUUACAGAAUUUGGCCUCCAAGCACCCCAACCUGGUCAUCAUCCCUCUCGAAGUCACCGAUCCCGCCAGCAUCAAGGCGGCUUCAGCCAGAGUCGGGGAGCACCUGGGGGGCGCGGGGCUGAACCUCCUCAUCAACAACGCUGGAACUGCAAAGGCAAAGUCGCUUGAUAAUGAGACGCUGGAGAACAUGUCCCAGACUUACACCACCAACACGACUGGGCCCCUGCUGCUGAGCCAGGCGUUCCUGCCCUUGCUGAAGAAGGCUGCCCAGGAGAGCCCAGGCUCAGCGCUGAGCUGCAGCAAGGCAGCCAUCAUCAACGUGUCCAGCGCUGCGGGCUCCAUUGAGGAAGUCUAUUUAUGGGAUUAUGGACAAGUUAUCUCCUAUCGCUGCAGCAAGGCUGCUCUGAACAUGCUGACCAAGUGCCAGUCCCUGGGGUACCGGGAGCACGGCAUCCUCUGCGUUGCUCUCCACCCUGGCUGGGUGCAAACAGACAUGGGGAGCUCAGGAUCACAAAAGCCCCCCGUGACGGUGGAUGAGAGUGUACGGGGGAUGCUGGAGGUGUUCUCCUCCCUCUCUGAGAAGGAAACUGGGACCUUCCUGGACUGGGAAGGGAAGGUUGUGCCCUGGUGA